CGCUGGCUGCAUGGAGCUGAGCUAGAGCACGCACUGUGCAGGACCUCAUCCUGAAACAACCCUGGGAAGCUUGAGCAUCAAGAAACCUGUAGUUUUAAGACAUGGCCCCCAAUCCUGACCUCACCGCUUACUAGCUGUGUGAUUUGUAGCAAAUUGCUGAACGUCUCUGCACUUCAGGUCGCUCCCUAGACAUGAGUUUCCUAGAGCCAGGCGAGAGUCCCUCGUGGCCCUCACCGACCAUGGCCACCAGAUCAGACCGAACCCGUGGGAAACAGGGGGCCAAGACCUCGAGAUGGACAAGGCAGGAGGCUGCGGAGGAAGGAGAGCCACCAGGCCGGGGGGAAGGUUCCCCGCCCAGGCCAGCUGCUUCGUCCUCUGGGCUAGAGGCCACAUUCCUCAAGACCACACCCUUGGCCCAGGCUGCUCCCCUGGCCUGGGCGGGCACCCCACCAGCAGGCUGGGAUUUCCUGCAGCCUGACUAUGCCAUCUCAGCCGUGGGCUCCAGCACAGACGAACUGGAGCUGAGCUUAGAGCUCCCUGUCACAGCAGCCGGGGAGUGGGAGCUCGAAGACCUGGUGGAUGAGAGGGCAGCCCCGUGCCCAUCCCCAAAGGCCCUGCUGCCUACGCUGGGCUGGGAUGAUGAGCUUCAGAAACCUGGGGCCCAGGUGUACAUGCACUUCAUGCAGGAGCAUACCUGCUACGAUGCCAUGGCCACCAGCUCCAAGCUGGUCAUCUUCGACACCAUGCUGGAGAUCAAGAAGGCCUUCUUCGCCUUAGUGGCCAAUGGAGUGCGGGCAGCACCUCUGUGGGACAGCAGGAAGCAGAGCUUCGUAGGCAUGCUGACCAUCACGGACUUCAUCUUGGUGCUGCACCGAUACUACAAGUCCCCUCUGGUCCAGAUCUAUGAGAUUGAAGAACAUAAGAUCGAGACCUGGAGGGAGAUUUACCUGCAAGGCUGCUUCAAGCCCCUGGUCUCCAUCUCUCCCAAUGACAGCCUGUUCGAGGCCGUCUACGCCCUCACCAAGAACCGGAUUCACCGCCUACCCGUCCUGGACCCGACUUCCGGCGCUGUGCUUCACAUCCUCACCCACAAGCGGCUGCUGAAGUUCCUGCACAUCUUUGGCGCCCUGCUGCCCCAGCCCUCCUUCCUCGCCCGCACCAUCCAAGAGCUGGGCAUCGGCACAUUCCGAGACUUGGCUGUGGUGCAGGAAACGGCACCCGUGCUGACCGCGCUGGACAUCUUUGUGGACCGGCGUGUGUCUGCGCUGCCCGUGGUCAACGAAACUGGUCUGGUCGUGGGCCUCUACUCCCGCUUUGAUGUGAUCCACCUAGCAGCCCAGAAAACCUACAACCACCUGGACAUGAGUGUGGGCGAGGCCCUGAGGAUGAGGACGCUGUGUCUGGAAGGAGUCCUUUGCUGCCAGCCUCAUGAGACCCUGGGGGAAAUCAUCGACAGGAUUGCCCGGGAGCAGGUACACCGGCUGGUGCUAGUGGAUGAGACCCAGCAUCUCCUGGGCGUGAUCUCUCUCUCUGACAUCCUUCAGGCACUGGUGCUCAGCCCCGCUGGCAUUGAUGCCCUUGGUGCCUAAGACUAUCGGAGUCCUCACUACAGGCCACCUUCCACACCUGGAAGUCAGUGGAAGCAGUUGGGGGACUUGGCCUUCAGCUGCUUUCCCCCAACCCCAUUUGACUGUUCAGCUCUGGUUCAGGUAGGCUCUGACCUGGGCCAUUGGCCUCGGCAAUGAGACCAACAAGCUCUUGGUCUUGUUGGGCUCCCAGAUCUCAGAUUGGGGCGCUUUGAGGAUGAUGGUGACCCAGCCGAUAGCCGAGCAGCCACCUGGAGGCCAUAAGUGUAAGGACUCACUGGGGUCCUGUUUUGAACUAAGGCUACAAAGGCCCUCCUACUAAGGGUGGGCAGAGGCUGGGGUCAAGGUGAGGAUAGCAGUGUGGUGGCAGAUCAGCUGGGAAGAUUUGCCUGCUCCCUCGCAUUCAAUUCUCAUCUGCUUGGAAUUCCGCUGGAAGAAAGCAAAUAAUAAACCUUUGUUGAAUGGAAUUUCCAUUCUCGGUAAGAACUAAGGCUUAAACCAUCAGUACCCUGGGGAGGUGGGGAGGUAUUCCACCGAAGAAAUGCUCAUCCAUAAAUUCUACUUGAGCUCAGACGUUUUCCAGAGGGCCUAUUUGCUAUGUAUUCUAGAAGGGUAGAGCAUAAAUUCUGCCUACUUGGCAGUGGAAGGCAAGACCAAGGUUCCCUCUCUGAAGGGUCACCUUCUUCCCUUCUCUCUUCCUCGCAGUCUUCUCCAGCCCUCCCUAAUUGUCCAUGCCCUGUUUUUGCUCCCAGAAGCCCUUGGGAAUCCCCAGUGCAUCAUGGGAUGAUAACACUAAAGAAAACAGCUGAGUCAAGCCUGGAGGUCCUUGAAGCAGGAGCACUGGGAUUGCCUCAGGGCCAUCUUUGCUCCAUGCCCAUCCCCAACCCCUUUCCAUCCGCUUGGGUUGUGGCUGACUGGGCCCAGCCCACAGGUUUAGUCAAAGGCUCUGGAUCCCUUGAUUUCCGGCUGACCACUAGUGUCCCCAGCUCCUGGAAGCCCCAGGUGCCCUUUCCCCAUGGACUCAGCUCUUUGUGUUGCUCACCACUCCACUCCUACUCUCCCAGCACUGUCCUCUCCCAGCCCCUCCGGGGUCUCCACGGAGCUUCUAAACCAGUUAUUCUUAGUGCUGCCUGCUUGAGGGGGGUGGGGGUGGGGGAGGGUCUCCUUCCAAUCUGACACAGGAAAGGCUUUCGCUUGAACAGGAUUCUGCGUCCCCAGUAGUGACCUUUUAUACAGAUCUCUGAGAAUGAACAAUCCCCCAAGCAUAAACAAAUAAAUAAAACGCAGCAGUCCCUUGACUUGGACAACGUAGCUUUCACUUAGAAAUUAGGGUGGUCACUAGACCUGAGUUUGAGGCAAGAUCCCUGUGCUUUCUGAAUUCAAAGGCAAGAAGGAAAAGCUAUAACAGGCACACACUGCAGGUGGCAGCAGCGUUCUCUUCCAUGGAUAGUGUUCUUCCACCUCAAUUAGGUUUUCGAUUACAUACCACAAAACCACAAAGAAAAUAUUCAUCUUAGUUACAUAUGUAACAGGAAUAGGCAGGGGUUUGUUCCCUGAGUUGGGGCUGACUUAAGGGCACCUAGCAGCAGUGGCAUAUUAUAGGUGGUGCCACUGGUAGUGCAAUUGGUUAACACUCUUGGCUCCUAAAUGAAAAGUUGAAGGUUUGAGUCUACCCAGAGGCACCUCGGAAGCAAGAUGUGAUGGUUUACUUUUCAAACUAUUGGAGACGCUAUGGUGAGUCGUCCCACUCACACCCUCGCUGGGGUGCCGUGGGUCAGAAUAGACUUGACAACUGGCAUAUAGUAGGUGCAACUCAGUCUACAAACUCUCAUCGGCAAGAUAUAGGAGAUGACCUUUGUUUUUCUGUAACGGAAUGUAAUUUUGCUAUCAAACUAUUUCAGCAGGUGGUAGAAAUGAACUCAGUCGAUUUGGGGUCCCCGCCCCCCUUGCUUUGGGUUACGUUUUUGAGGGGAAUCUUUAGGUAGUAUAAGCCUUUGUUCCUCAGUCAUUGUCAUCCAUCCGUUCAAAUCAGACUCUGUUAAGACAUCCUCACUCUC